AGAAGGACUGUCGGAAGCAAGUUGUGCUUUCUCUCCAGCGGCUGGUGUACUUUCACAGAUAAAAGUUCAAGUCUGCAGGCGCUUUGCUUUCGGAAGACCUGGAGACUGGUGAAAAUCUCGGCCGCAAGACAAUGAGCAUAAGAUGCACAUUUUUCUGCUGGGAAUGAGAUGUUCUUGAGUUUUUACAACUUUAUGAAGAGACCCAUGUGUGGUGCUAUUGAGAAAUUUAUUGGGAAGUUUGAAGACAUUUCAAAUAACAGGUUGCUUAGGUUUCUAAAGUAAAGUGGGGAGGUAUUCUCUUUUGUGAAAGGAGGAAGGACUUAGGCCAGAAAACUUGUAUGCUAUGGUUAACUGGUUCCCAGCCUCCGAGAAUGUUGUUUUCCAUGGUAUAAAACUUACUCAGCAUCAGGAUAAGGGAUAACGACUCUAUGGAUAUACGAAUCCUUCAUCAUGGUAAAACUCGCUAACCCGCUGUAUACGGAAUGGAUUUUGGAGGCCAUCAAAAAAGUGAAGAAGCAGAAACAGCGUCCUUCAGAAGAAAGGAUAUGCAAUGCAGUGUCUUCAUCCCAUGGCUUGGAUCGUAAAACUGUUUUAGAACAAUUGGAGUUGAGUGUUAAAGAUGGAACAAUUUUAAAAGUUUCAAAUAAAGGUCUCAAUUCCUAUAAAGAUCCUGAUAACCCUGGGCGAAUAGCACUUCCUAAACCUCGAAACCAUGGAAAAUUGGACAAUAAACAAAAUGUAGAUUGGAAUAAACUGAUCAAGCGGGCGGUUGAUGGCUUGGCAGAGGCCGGUGGCUCAACCUUGAAAAGCAUUGAACGUUUUUUGAAAGGUCAGAAGGAUGUGUCUGCAUUAUUUGGAGGCAGUGCUGCCUCUGGUUUUCACCAGCAAUUACGAUUGGCUAUUAAACGUGCCGUUGGCCAUGGCAGACUCCUUAAAGAUGGACCUCUUUAUCGGCUCAACACUAAAGCAACCAGUGUGGAUGGGAAAGAGAGUUGUGAGUCUCUUUCCUCUUUACCUCCAGUAUCACUCCUUCCACAUGAAAAGGAUAAGCCGGUUGCUGAACCAAUUCCCAUCUGUAGUUUCUGUCUUGGUACAAAAGAACAAAACCGAGAAAAGAAGCCAGAAGAACUCAUCUCCUGUGCUGAUUGUGGCAACAGUGGUCAUCCAUCCUGUUUAAAGUUUUCCCCUGAACUAACGGUUAGAGUGAAGGCCUUACGGUGGCAGUGCAUUGAGUGUAAAACCUGCAGCUCCUGUCGAGAUCAAGGCAAAAAUGCAGAUAACAUGCUCUUUUGUGAUUCCUGUGACCGAGGUUUUCACAUGGAGUGUUGUGAUCCGCCACUCACCCGGAUGCCAAAAGGCAUGUGGAUAUGUCAGAUAUGUCGACCUAGGAAAAAAGGACGAAAACUUCUACAGAAGAAGGCGGCACAGAUAAAACGGCGCUAUGCUAAUCCAAUAGGACGUCCCAAAAACAGGUUAAAGAAACAAAACACGGUAUCAAAAGGUCCUUUCAGCAAAGUUCGAACUGGCCCUGGAAGGGGUAGGAAACGGAAAAUCACUCUCUCCAGCCAAUCAGCAUCAUCAUCAGAAGAAGGAUAUUUAGAGCGAAUAGAUGGCUUGGACUUCUGCAGAGAUAGCAGUGUCUCCUUGAAAUUCAACAAGAAAACCAAAGGGCUCAUUGAUGGCCUUACCAAAUUCUUCACCCCUUCCCCUGAUGGGCGGAAACCACGAGGGGAAGUGGUAGACUACUCUGAGCAAUACAGAAUCAGGAAAAAGGGCAACAGAAAAUCAAGCACUUCAGAUUGGCCCACAGACAAUCAGGAUGGCUGGGAUGGCAAACAAGAAAGUGAGGAACGGCUUUUUGGGAGCCAGGAAAUCAUGACUGAGAAAGAUAUGGAGUUAUUUCGCGAUAUCCAAGAACAAGCACUGCAGAAAGUUGGAGUGACUGGUCCCCCUGAUCCACAAGUCCGCUGUCCCUCUGUCAUUGAGUUUGGGAAGUAUGAAAUUCACACCUGGUACUCUUCCCCAUAUCCUCAAGAAUACUCAAGGUUACCUAAAUUGUAUCUUUGUGAAUUCUGUCUAAAAUAUAUGAAAAGUAGAACUAUUCUACAGCAGCACAUGAAGAAAUGUGGUUGGUUCCAUCCUCCUGCCAAUGAGAUUUACAGAAAGAAUAACAUAUCUGUCUUUGAGGUUGAUGGGAAUGUGAGUACCAUUUAUUGUCAGAACCUGUGUCUCUUGGCAAAAUUGUUUCUUGACCACAAAACACUCUAUUAUGAUGUGGAGCCAUUUCUUUUUUAUGUACUAACACAGAAUGAUGUCAAGGGCUGCCACCUUGUUGGCUACUUUUCUAAAGAAAAGCACUGCCAACAGAAAUACAACGUUUCCUGUAUAAUGAUUCUUCCCCAAUACCAGCGUAAGGGCUACGGCAGGUUUCUCAUCGAUUUUAGUUAUUUGUUAUCAAAGCGUGAAGGCCAAGCAGGAUCUCCAGAGAAACCAUUAUCCGACCUAGGUCGUCUUUCCUACAUGGCUUACUGGAAAAGUGUAAUAUUGGAGUGCCUUUAUCACCAAAAUGACAAGCAAAUCAGCAUUAAGAAGUUAAGUAAGUUGACUGGAAUCUGUCCUCAAGACAUUACUUCCACACUCCACCACCUAAGAAUGCUGGACUUCCGUAGUGACCAAUUUGUGAUUAUCCGCCGGGAAAAACUUAUUCAGGAUCACAUGACAAAGCUUCAGCUGAAUUUGCGACCUGUAGAUGUAGAUCCAGAAUGUUUGCGCUGGACUCCUGUCAUAGUCUCCAAUUCUGUUGUCUCAGAGGAAGAAGAAGAGGAGGCUGAGGAAGGAGAAAAUGAAGAGCCACAGUGCCAAGAAAGAGAAUUAGAGACAAAUGUGGGAAAGUCUGCAUCUCGGGAGAACAAAGAACAAGAUUCUUAUUCUUCAAUAGAAAGUGAAAAGAAACCAGAAGUUACAGCACCAGCCAAUUCUACACGUUUGAAUAAACAGGUCCUUUCCCGUGAAAGUCUUCCUGCAAAUAAUCAGCCAUCUCGGAGAGGCCGCUGUGGGAGGAAGAACAAAAAAACCCAGGAACGUUUUGGUGAUAAAGAUUCUAAACUGCUCCUUGAAGAGACAUCAACUCCUCAGGAACAGUAUGGAGAAUGUGAAGAAAAAUCAGAAACCUCCCAAGAACAGUACACUGAAAGUGAGGAACAGUUGGCAGCCUCUAAGGAGCAGCCAAGCCAGGAUGGGAAGCCAAACAUUCCCAAAAGAAGACUAAGUGAAGGAAUUGAGCUGUGGCGAGGACAGCUAAAGAAAAACCCUGAGGCUCUGAAGUGCAGGCUAUCGGAAGGCAAUGAUAGACUGUCCCGUCGCUAUAGUGAUGGUGAUAGGGCUCUCCUCAGGGGCUUCAGUGAGAGUAGUGAGGAGGAAGAGGAGCCAGAAAGUCCUCGGUCCAACUCGCCACCAAUUCUUACAAAGCCCACAUUGAAGCGAAAGAAAACGAUUCUUCACCGAAGAAGGAGAGUUCGAAAGCGCAAACACCACAAUAGCAGUGUAGUCACAGAAACUAUUUCUGAGACGACAGAAGUCUUAGAUGAACCUUUUGAAGACUCUGACUCCGAGAGGCCGAUGCCAAGAUUGGAACCCACGUUUGAGAUUGAUGAAGAGGAGGAGGAAGAGGACGAAAAUGAGCUCUUCCCCAGAGGGUACUUCCGUCGGCUGUCCUCACAGGACGUUCUCAGGUGUCGAUCCUCUUCUAAGAGGAAGUCUAAAGAUGAAGAUGACGAUGAUGACGAAGAGUCAGAUGAUGCUGAUGACACUCCUAUCCUAAAGCCAGUACCUGUCUUGAGAAAAUGUGAUGUGAAGGAUUCUCCACAUGAGCCAGAUACAUCCACACCUAUGAAAAAGAAAAAGGGAUGGCCCAAAGGGAAGAGUCGCAAACCAAUCCACUGGAAGAAAAGACCUGGUCGCAAACCAGGAUUUAAGUUGAAUCGGGAAAUCAUACCCAUUUCUACUCAAGAACGCAUUAUUGAGCCCAUUGUACCCAUUCCUAAACCUGGACGUAAACUCAAAAUUCAAGAGAAUGAAGAAACUGUUGAAUCAAAGGAAGACUUGCCUUUGACUGAAGAAAGGAAGGAGGAAGAGGAGAUGCACGUGGAAGCAGAAGAGCUUGAAGAGGGAGAUGAAGGAGAUACCACUAGCAGUGAGGUUAGAGCAGCUUCUCCAGGGGAUAGCAGCAACAGCCCUGAGAUGGACAUGAAAGAACCCGAGGUAGAGGAGGAAGAGGAGAAACCCCGUGUCUCAGAAGAACAGAGGCAGUCUGAGGAAGAGCAACAAGAACUGGAAGAACAGGAGCAAGAGGAAGAGGAGGAAGUGGCUGCAGAGACAAACCAGAAUGAAGACCACGAUGCAGAUGAUGAAGAUGACGGUCAUCUAGAAUCUACAAAGAAAAAAGAACUAGAGGAGCAGCCCAUUAGAGACGACGUAAAGGAGGAUCCUGGUGGUCAGGAGUCUUUUUUAGAUACGAGUAUGCAGAGCAGUAGGGAGAAUAUAAAGAAUAAAGAUGAAACAGAACCAGAUUCCGAAGAGGAACAGACUUCCCAUGAAACAUCUGUGGUAUCAGAGCACAUGCCAGGGUCUGAGGAUGAUCAUGAAGAAGAUUCAAACUCUAAAGAAGAAUUAAUUGAGUUAAAAGAGGAAGAUGAGAUUCCCCAUAGUGAACUGGAUCUGGAAACUGUGCAAGCAGUGCAGUCUUUGACUCAAGAAGAAAGCAAUGAACAUGAGGGCGCCUACCAGGACUGUGAAGAGACGCUUGCAGCUUGUCAGACACUGCAGAGUUACACCCAGGCUGAUGAAGACCCUCAGAUGUCAAUGGUUGAAGACUGUCAUACUUCAGAACAUAAUAGUCCAAUAUCUUCUGUUCAGUCUCAUCCCAGCCAGUCAGUGCGUUCAGUCAGCAGUCCCAAUGUGCCUGCCCUUGAAAGUGGUUACACCCAGAUCAGCCCAGAACAAGGAUCCCUGUCCGCACCCUCUAUGCAGAACAUGGAGACCAGCCCCAUGAUGGAUGUGCCUUCUGUAUCAGACCAUUCUCAGCAGGUGGUGGACAGUGGCUUCAGUGAUCUGGGCAGCAUUGAGAGCACCACAGAAAACUAUGAGAACCCUAGCAGUUAUGAUUCCACAAUGGGUGGCAGCAUUUGUGGGAAUAACUCUUCCCAGAGCAGCUGCUCCUAUGGUGGGUUAUCAUCCUCCAGCAGCCUCACUCAGAACAGUUGUGUUGUCACUCAGCAAAUGGCAAACAUGGGCAACAGCUGCAGCAUGAUGCAGCAGAACAAUGUCCAGCCUGCUGCCAACUGCAACAUCAAGUCACCUCAGAGUUGUGUGGUGGAGCGGCCUCCCAGUAACCAGCAGCAGCCACCACCACCGCAGCAGCAGCAGCAGCAACAGCAGCAGCAGCAACCAGCACCUCAACCUCCACCACCCCAGCAGCAGCAGCAGCAGCAGCAGCCACAGCAGCAGCCACCACCACCACCUCAGCCCCAGCAGCCUCAACCCCCACCCCCACCUCAACAGCAGCCACCCCUGUCACAGUGUAGUAUGAAUAACAGUUUCACUCCAGCACCUAUGAUCAUGGAGAUACCAGAAUCUGGAAGCACUGGGAACAUCAGUAUCUAUGAGAGGAUUCCAGGGGAUUUUGGUGCCGGCAGCUACUCUCAACCGUCAGCCACCUUCAGUUUAGCCAAGUUGCAGCAGCUGACUAACACCAUUAUGGACCCUCAUGCCAUGCCUUAUAGCCAUUCUCCUGCUGUGACUUCCUAUGCAACCAGUGUUUCUUUGUCUAAUACAGGACUGGCCCAGCUAGCUCCAUCUCAUCCAUUAGCUGGGACCCCUCAAGCACAAGCCACCAUGACGCCACCCCCAAACUUGGCGUCUACCACCAUGAACCUCACGUCACCUCUGCUACAGUGCAACAUGUCUGCUACCAACAUUGGCAUUCCUCAUACUCAGAGGUUGCAAGGGCAAAUGCCAGUCAAGGGACACAUUUCCAUCCGCUCCAAAUCUGCACCACUGCCCUCUGCAGCUGCUCACCAGCAGCAGCUGUAUGGCCGCAGCCCACCAGCGGUUGCCAUGCAGGCUGGCCCGCGUGCAUUGGCUGUUCAGCGUGGCAUGAACAUGGGGGUUAAUUUAAUGCCAACCCCUACCUAUAAUGUCAAUUCCAUGAAUAUGAACACCUUGAAUGCCAUGAACAGCUAUCGAAUGACACAGCCCAUGAUGAACAGCAGUUACCAUAGUAACCCUGCCUACAUGAACCAGACAGCACAGUAUCCUAUGCAGAUGCAGAUGGGGAUGAUGGGGAGCCAGGCCUAUACCCAGCAGCCUAUGCAGCCAAACCCUCAUGGAAACAUGAUGUACACUGGCCCCUCCCAUCACAGCUACAUGAAUGCUGCUGGUGUGCCCAAGCAGUCACUCAAUGGACCUUACAUGAGAAGAUGAGCAAGAUAAACUUGCAAUUAAAAACUUAAAUAUAUAUAAAUAAAGGAACCUUUUAUACUGACAAACCAGAGAAAAAUGGACCUUUUUUCCAGUUAAAAUAUUGCUGUAGAUUUAGAGGAAUUUUUCUUUGGUUUAUUUUAUUUUUUAGAAAACCUGGUCUUCUUUUUGGGGGGUUCAUUUUGUUCUGGGGUUUGGUUUUCUUCAUAAUCUUGAACAUUUUACAAUAGAACUCAUCUACAAAUGGAUUUGGGGAUAGGGGAAACAUGCACAAAAAUCUUUUCAUAAUUAAAAAGAGCCUUACUUUCUUUAUACACCACAUGGACAGAAUUUGUGUAAAAGUGAAAUAUCUUUAUUUUAUUUGAAGAUGUAUGUUUCCCCUCACUGUUUGCAGCUCCCAGUGUUGUCAUUUUUAAAUGUUAUAUAUACAUCUCGAGGGUUAACCAGACCCUCUCCUCCGAACCCAACCUUUCAUUUCCUACUUCAUUCCAGGAGGAGGCACUUAUGGGAGACUCGGAUGGGGACAUGGAGAACAACCCAAGCUCCUUAAACUUAUUAUUAUUGUUAAUAUUAUUAUUAUUAUUAAUAAAGCGAGGCAGGAAAAUGCUUCUCCUUUUAAAAUCCCCUCCACUCCCUACACACACACACACACACACACACACACACACACACACCCCUCUUGAAACCUUU